GGAGCCGCCAUGCGGGGCCGGGCUGUCCCUCGGACGGCCGCAGGGCCUGGAGGGCCGCAGCUGUCGCAGGGCCGCAGCUAUCGCGGCGCGGUGCCCGUCGGGCGAGAGCUGCGCGUGCUGCACCGCCGCCAGUGUCUUGUUAACGUCCAUGUCUAAUUGUAAUAAAUUCCGCAUCCCUUUCUAAUAACGAAAGGCCCCCAAGGAUCGAGUGUAACUGUCUGAAAUUUAUCGAUAGGUAUCCAGCUGCUGUAUUCAACAGUACUUACCGCUGUUGUCACGUGUGUCCUCAAAAAUGCUAGCGAAGAUAGCUUUAUCUCUAAUUGCUUGCUUUUCUAAAUAAAUAGGCUUUCGCUUUGGAUUACUCAGUGACACAUUGUCUUCCCCCGCUCAGAUUAUUUCUUUAGGAAAUCAAACGUUUGGGCCGAAGGAUGACGUCCAUUAUCAAGCUGACCACACUCUCAGGAGUGCAGGAGGAGUCUGCCCUGUGCUACCUAUUGCAAGUGGAUGAGUUUCGGUUUCUGUUGGACUGUGGCUGGGAUGAGAACUUUUCUAUGGAUAUUAUUGAUUCCCUAAAGAAACAUGUACACCAAGUUGAUGCUGUUCUCCUUUCUCAUCCUGACCCUCUACACCUUGGUGCUCUUCCAUAUGCAGUUGGAAAAAUGGGAUUGAAUUGUGCCAUUUAUGCAACUAUUCCUGUGUAUAAAAUGGGACAGAUGUUUAUGUAUGAUCUCUAUCAGUCCCGCCAUAAUACUGAAGAUUUCACACUCUUUACAUUGGAUGAUGUGGAUGCAGCAUUUGAUAAGAUACAACAGCUGAAGUUUUCUCAGAUUGUCAAUUUGAAAGGCAAAGGACACGGUCUGUCAAUCACGCCAUUGCCGGCAGGUCACAUGAUAGGAGGCACAAUUUGGAAGAUUGUCAAAGAUGGAGAGGAAGAAAUUGUUUAUGCAGUUGAUUUCAACCACAAGAGGGAGAUCCAUCUGAACGGAUGUUCAUUGGAAAUGUUGAGCAGGCCUUCAUUGCUUAUUACAGAUUCGUUUAAUGCUACUUAUGUACAACCCAGGAGGAAGCAAAGGGACGAACAGCUCCUGACUAAUGUUUUGGAGACAUUACGAGGUGAUGGAAAUGUGUUGAUAGCUGUGGAUACAGCUGGCAGAGUUCUGGAACUUGCUCAACUUCUUGAUCAGAUCUGGAGAACAAAAGAUGCGGGAUUAGGAGUCUACUCUCUAGCACUUUUGAAUAACGUCAGCUACAAUGUGGUGGAGUUCUCUAAAUCACAGGUGGAAUGGAUGAGUGAUAAAUUGAUGAGGUGCUUUGAAGACAAAAGAAACAAUCCUUUCCAGUUCCGCCAUCUCUCCUUAUGUCAUAGUCUGUCUGAUUUGGCUCGAGUGCCUAGUCCAAAAGUUGUCCUUGCCAGCCAACCUGAUCUAGAAUGUGGGUUUUCAAGAGAUCUUUUCAUUCAGUGGUGCCAGGAUUCCAAGAACUCUAUAAUUUUAACUUACCGUACCACACCUGGAACAUUAGCACGAUUCCUGAUUGAUAAUCCUUCUGAGAAAGUUAUAGAUAUUGAGUUGAGAAGACGUGUCAAGUUGGAAGGAAAAGAACUUGAAGAAUACCUUGAAAAGGAGAAACUAAAGAAAGAAGCAGCUAAGAAGUUAGAGCAGUCUAAAGAGGCAGAUAUUGAUUCCAGCGAUGAGAGUGAUGCUGAAGAAGAUAUAGAUCAGCCAACUGUGCAUAAGACCAAACAUGAUUUGAUGAUGAAAGGUGAAGGUAGCCGGAAAGGAAGCUUCUUCAAACAGGCGAAGAAAUCUUACCCAAUGUUUCCAGCCCCUGAAGAAAGAAUUAAAUGGGAUGAAUAUGGCGAGAUUAUCAAACCUGAAGACUUUCUAGUUCCAGAACUUCAGGCAACAGAAGAAGAAAAAAGCAAAUUAGAAUCUGGUUUGACCAAUGGAGAGGAGCCAAUGGACCAGGAUUUAUCAGAUGUUCCUACUAAAUGUAUUUCAGCAACAGAAUCCAUGGAAAUUAAAGCCAGAGUUACAUAUAUUGACUAUGAAGGACGCUCAGAUGGAGACUCAAUUAAAAAAAUCAUUAACCAAAUGAAACCAAGGCAACUAAUCAUUGUUCAUGGACCACCUGAAGCCAGCCAGGACCUUGCAGAAUGUUGCAGAGCUUUUGGUGGAAAAGAUAUCAAAGUUUACAUGCCAAAACUACAUGAAACUGUAGAUGCAACCAGUGAGACUCAUAUUUACCAAGUCAGAUUAAAAGACUCUCUUGUCAGCUCACUUCAGUUCUGUAAAGCCAAGGAUGCUGAGUUGGCCUGGAUAGAUGGUGUCCUGGACAUGAGGGUUUCAAAAGUGGAUACUGGAGUUAUUUUGGAAGAGGGAGAGCUGAGGGAAGAUGAAGACUUAGAGAUGCAAGUGGAUAUGCCUUCUUCAGACUCCAGUGUCAUUGCACAACAGAAGGCCAUGAAAAGUCUCUUUGGUGACGACGAUAAGGAGAUGUGUGAGGAGAGUGAAAUCAUUCCUACUUUGGAACCUCUGCCACCUCAUGAGGUUCCUGGACAUCAGUCUGUGUUUAUGAAUGAGCCAAGACUAUCUGACUUCAAGCAAGUUCUCUUGCGAGAAGGAAUUCAAGCUGAGUUUGUAGGAGGAGUGCUUGUGUGCAACAACAUGGUGGCCGUUCGCAGGACGGAAACAGGGCGCAUUGGAUUGGAAGGCUGCCUGUGUCAGGACUUCUAUAGGAUAAGAGAACUUUUAUAUAAGCAAUAUGCUAUUGUCUGAAGGAAGCACUACAAAGGUGUUUUCGCUUGAACUUCUGAAUACGCGGAGGAUUUCUCUCUGGACUUUUUGUAAUUUUCUAAUUUAUACAGGGGAAAAGUAAUUCAUAAAGAGCAGUUAAUUAUCCUGAACGUGUAAAUAACGGCCAUUGUUGCUCUGUAUAGAUCUGUUGGUACGUUCCAUGUUCUUGACUUUCACACCAUUAUGACUAGUCUCCCAUGUAACGUGUUACAAAUGAGUUUAUGACCACGAACUGUUUCUCAGGAAGGGUUCACCUUGAUGGAGCAUGUUUUGAUUUGUUAGAUUCCCUGCCAAAGACUACAAAAUAGAUAAAAGUCAUUCUUCUGUUCUCAAAUAAGAUUACUUAGGGAAUUGUGGUUUCUUUGUUUCCUCUUUUUUUGUUCAUUUUUUGUUGUUUCAACAAGUUUGAUUUAUAGAAGAGUCUUUGAGUUGUCUGUGGGUUUUUUUUGCUGUUUCUUUUUUUUCUUUUUUUAAAUGGGGUUUAGUUAAAAUAUUCUUUUAGCAGCCCACUUAAAGUUGUCUGCCUGUAUGUUCCCCCAGCGUUAAUCUGGCUGCAUCUUAAUGUUGUUGCUUGUCUCCUCUUACUGACUUGUUCCAGUACAGCAUUUCAUAUUCUAUAUGAAGUAUUAACCUGCAGGAUCAAAAAAUUACUUUGAAAAGGUAAGUUAAAAAGACGGGGGAAGAUAGGCAGCUUAAAUUCUAGCAAUUAUGUGCUUCAGGGUAACUUCUGUACAAACUUAUUUAAUUUGUACCUUCUAGCUUUUGCGGAGCUGUGCCAACUAUAAAAUAUCUCAAGUUCUGAUUUUUAAUACCUUUGAAGACUAAAGCCUUUAUGGACACACUGCUGUUUGUUCUGAGUGCCAUGAAUCAAGUUCAGGACCCUUUAUCUUGAAAUCUGAGUUCAUGUGAUACAUCUCAUGCUUUUGUGCCGUAUUUCAUACUAGUUGCAUGUUUUGACAGUGGUAUUUAUUCUAGCUAAUGAUGCUAGAAAUUGAACUUAUUUUUAGGUGAAGAUGAGCAGUUUUGUCUGAUCUAGUUUCUCAGAAAUUAAUUUAUGCAUACAAAUAGCCUCUUGAGAGUUUAUUUAAUCCUAUUUUCCCCAUCCACAUAUGAACCACUAGUUUUGGUAGUGGAAGGUUGCCUGCUUGUUUUUACAUACAAUGGCAAUGUAAUAUGUGCUCUCUGUCUAAUGUUUAAAUAAAAUAUUACGGCAAAGUGGCAGAAACAAACAAACAAAAAAACCCACCAGCCCUGUGGGCUAUCAGCGAAAAGAUAAUUUUCCUUGUAAUUCAUUAUUUGGCUAAUAGUUGUUUUUUUUUAUCUGAUCUACAGAAUAUUUAUUCUGUUUAAAAUAGUAACUUGAAAUUAAAGUCUGCAUUUCAAAAAGAAAAAAAGGAAACUACAGAAUACCCAAGCUGCUAGAACUAGAUACUAAAACUAAAAAUGUAAAACACUUGAAAAUGUUAAGUGAGAAUGUAUUUUGUUACACAAAACUUCUUGUCUGGAGUUGACUGUAAGCUCAAUGCUUCUUUGGCAACUAUAGAAAAAUAUUUUCAAUUAUAUUGACAGCCAGAACUACUUAGAAAUGCUUUGGGUUUUUUUUAGCUGUUUUGUAGCAAUGCUAUGUAAAUCUACAUGAUUUGGGAUGCUUACUGGUUAAUACUGUUGUAUUACUAUUGUUGAUACUAACGAACUUUUAUAAAGUGCAUUACUUUGUACAUAA